AUGAAGAUCCUGGCUGUCUCUGCUCUGGCUUGUGCCAUCAUGGCUCUGACUGCUGCUGGUGAGUACGUCAAAUAUAAACAGUAUUAUAAACAAAUGAAUUUGUUCUUGCUAGACAAUCUAACUAUUGUGCUGCGUUACACCAUAACCUGUAAUUACAGUGGAGUGGUCUUGGAUGGGUGGACCCUACAUCACCUACGUUGAGAAAUAUAUGACUUGGGCUGAUGCUGAGGUAAGAGAUGAUUUACAUGGGCUGCAGGGUAUUUUUAAGUUUCAAACUAACAUUCAGGGACCAGAAUGAGAUAUUAAAUUAGAAAAAAAAACUAAUAAUCCAGAGACACAUACUUUAGGACUGUUAGCAUGACCUGCAGUAAAACGAGCAAUGAAUAAAUGUGUGGCUGUUGUCUAGGAAACGAAGGAGAUGGUUCACUCCUCUGAUUUCUGUCUUCACUUUAGAAGAACUGCAUCUCCCUGGGAGGACACCUGGCAUCAAUGCAUGGACUUUAUCACCGCAAUGUCAUCAAAAACCUGAUCUUUAAAAAAUCCCGUAAUCCAGACUCCUGGCUCGGGGGCUCUGACAGUGAAGAGGUAUACAUGAUAUUUUUGUUUUGUUAUGGUUCAAUCUGAGCCACCUCAGCUGACUCCUCUCAACGUGGAGGAGCAGAAGCUCUAAUCUGAGUGCCUGCUGAGUGUCCGAGCUCCUUACCCGAUCUCUAAGGCUGAGACCGGACACCCUGAGGAGGAAACCCAUUUCAGCCGCUUGUAUCCGCGAUCUCGUUCUUUCGGUCAUUACCCAAAGUUCAUGACCAUAGGUGAGGAUCGGCACGUAGAUCGACCGGUAAAUCGAGAGUCUCGCCUUACGGCUCAGCUCUUUCUUCACCACGACAGAUCGGUUAAGCGUCCGCAUCACUGCUGACACCGCUCUGAUCCGCCUGUUGAUCUCCCGCUCCAUCCAACCCUCGCUCAUGAACAAGAUCCCGAGAUACUUCAACUCCUCCACUUGAGGCAGGACCUCCCCUCUGACCUGGAAAAGGCAAUCUACCUUUUUCCGACUGAGGACCAUGGCCUCAGACUUGGAGAUGCUGAUUCGCAUUCCAGCCACUUCACACUCGGCUGCGAACCGCCCCAGCAAGAGCUGAAGGUCACUGCUCGACAAAGCUAGAAGAACCACAUCAUCCUCAAAAAGCAGCGACGCGAUCCUCUACCUGCUGAACUGGACACCCUCCACCCCCCGGCUGUGCCUAGAAAUUCUGUCCAUAAAGGUUCUGAACAGAACCAAAGUUUUUCUGUGCAGUUGAAAUCAUGCUCAGAAAAAUAAGAAAUGGUAGAAGUCAUGAUGAAGUUGGCAAACUUUGAUGGGGUAAGUAAUGUCUGGAAAAGGAUAAGUCAACAGUGGGAGCAGGAUAAGGACACGCAGUACGAAACAGUCUCAGUGUGACACGAAGUUUGGGAACUUUAUCAGAAAAACCUUCAUCCAUAGACAGUGUGGUGACGUCAGCAUUGAUGAAUUGAAUAGAUGACAGAUGCUGACCCUGUCGUAGUGACUUCUUCUCAUGGAUCUGUUCUGUUUUCUAGGAGGGAGCUUGGCGCUGGACCGAUGGGACAGCUUUUGACUAUGAUAACUGGUGCCCUGGAGAGCCAAACAACGGACCAGGGGUCGGUCAGAACUGUUUGUACUACAACGCCGGUAAAUAAUAAAUAUAUCUUUGUUUUUUCAAAGUGCAAAAGUGUAUUAAAAUAGUUUUCUUUUUGAAUAAAUGUUUUCUUAUUUGUAGUUAAUACUGAGAGUCCACAGUGCCUUACGAUGGUCUCUUCUCCUGUGUUUCUGGUUAGGUCGAAGGUGCUGGGAUGAUAAUGAGUGUGAGAAGCAGUUUCCAUCUGUCUGUAUGAAGGCUGAAGAGUCCUGA